AUGGCAUCCCAAGAAUCUCAGCUUCACUUCGUUUUGUUUCCUCUCAUGGCCCCAGGCCACAUGCUCCCCAUGACAGACCUUGCAACAAUAUUGGCACAGCAUAACAUGAUUGUUACUGUAGUCACCACAGCACAUAACGCUUCUCGUGUCUCAGAAACCUUUGCUCGUGCUUCGGACUCAGGCCUCAACCUCCGAUUAGUUCAACUCCAAUUUCCAUCCCACGAUGCUGGAUUUCCAGAAGGGUGUGAGAAUUUUGACAUGCUUCCUUCAAUGGGCAUGGGCUUGGAUUUCUUCCUUGCCGCAAACACCAUUCUACACGAACCGGCUGAGAAAGCGUUUGAACAGUUGACACCAAAACCACACUGCAUAAUCUCUGAUGUGAGUUUAGCCUACACAGCCCACAUCGCCACCAAAUUCAAUGUCCCCAGAAUUUCUUUCUACGGAGUUAGUUGCUUCUGUCUCUGGUGGCAGCAGAAGUUGGUCACUUCUAAGGUGCUUGAGAGCAUAGGCACAGAUUCAGAGUACUUUUCCAUACCUGACAUCCCUGACAAAGUUGAGAUCACGAAAGCACAGACACCAAGACCUAUGCAUGAAAACUGGGGCGAGUUUGUGGAAAAAAUGGCCGCAGCUGAAAUGGUUACUUACGGGGUGGUCGUGAAUUCUUUUGAGGAGUUGGAGCAACCAUAUGCAAGGGAUUUCAAGAAGGCCCGAAACGAUAGAGUGUGGUUUGUUGGGCCUGUUUCACUCAGAAACAGGAAUCACUUGGAUAAGGCUCGGAGAGGAAACAACAACACCUCAAGUGAUGCACAUAGUUGCAUGAAGUGGCUUGACUUGCAAAAUCUAAAUUCGGUAAUUUACGUGUGCCUUGGGAGUAUAUGCAAUUUAACUCCGUUGCAAUUCAUAGAGCUCGGUAUGGCCUUAGAAGCCUCCAAAAUACCGUUCAUUUGGGUUAUCAGGGAAAGGAAUCAAACAGAAGAAUUGAUGAAGUGGAUUAAGGAAUCGGGGUUUGAGGAAAGAACCAAGGAGGUAGGUCUUAUGCUUCUGGGUUGGUCUCCUCAAGUACUGAUACUAUCACACCCUGCAAUUGGAGGGUUCAUAACACACUGCGGUUGGAACUCAACCUUAGAAGCAACAUCCCUUGGCGUGCCAAUGCUUACGUGGCCAUUGUUUGGGGACCAAUUCUUCAAUGAGAGGUUUAUUGUGAAUAUUAUAAGAACUGGAGUAAGAGUUGGGGUGGAAAGUCCGGUGCUCUGGGGCGAUGAAGAAAAAACAGGGGUGUUGGUGAAGAAGGAUGAUAUUGUGAGGGCUAUAGAGAAGUUAAUGGAUGAGGGAAGUGAAAGUGAAGACAGAAGAAAAAGGGCCAGAGAGCUUGCAGAGAUGGCUAAGAAAGCUGUAGAAGGAGGUUCUUCUCACUUGAAUGUGACCCAGCUAAUCCAAGAUAUCAUGCAACAGUCCAACAAGGACUAA